CUCACCCAGGCGGGAGCAGUCAUUCGAUGAAAAAAAAAGGACUUGAAAUGACACGAUCGAAAUCGAUGGAGAGAGAUAAAUAUUAAAAAAAAAGAACAAACUAAUACAUAUUUGUGAUCGCCCUUAGACUAUGACUAUAGACUAUAGAGCAGUACGAGAGUACUCGACGAGUAAACCGAUCAUCGACAAUUGCUAUGACAUUAUGACCGUGAUGUCAUGACAAAACAUCUGUCUCUAUGACUGAUGUCCAAAAUUUCUGCUGCUUAGCUUUUCUGAUUCCAAUCUCAUUCCAAUAAUCUAUAUCAAUAAGUUUCUAUUAAUUAAUUUCCCACGCAAAAUAUACAGAAUAGGUAUAGGUACGGUUAAUUCAUGAAUUGUGAAAAAUAACUUAGUCAAACGACGGUUCUACGCAAUAGUGUAUCGAAAUAAAUAAAAAUAUGAGUAAUGCAGGAAUUAACAGUGAGUUACCUGAAGUUAAAGAAGUAAAUGGCAGUAUAAAUCAAGAUAAAGUUCGUAAAGGAUGGGUAAAAUUCGAUGAUGAAUCUCCAAAAGCUGACAAUGAAGGAUCAAGUGUACCCACCGCGGGAACCAGUACAUCCUCCGCACCGACUGAGUCUGCUGCUGUUCUAAAGACGGAAAGUGUUCAUAUAAACUUGGAAAGAGGAGACAAAAAUGUCGAGCCCAUAUCAUUAAGCACAUUAUCUAAAAAUGUUGAAUUUGUCAAUGUACGCUCAGGAUUCUCUAAUGGUGAUAUAAUUGUGACUCUGCUUCCUGUAAAUUCAAAAUGGCCUUGGGUGACAGCAGCCCGUUUUAGACCAGAACUUGUACCUGAGGAAUUGAUGGCACAAGGCUUGACUCUCACAGUUGAGGAGUAUGUUCAUGCGAUGGAACUGCUUAUUAAUGAUGCUCGUUUUACUCUGUACAACAUUUGUUACAAGCGUGUGCUUGUUUGUUGGAUAACGCUUGCAUUCCUUGUGCUACUGGCACUAUUGUUUUCUGGCCUGACGGGUCUUAUUUUGUUUUCUCUUGGAGUAUUAUGGCUGAUAUUGAAUGCAGCUGCGAUUUUUCUGUGCAUGUGGAUAAAAUUGAGACUGUCAAAAGGACUGGAACAAUGUUUGGCAAGAGUUAACAAACUACUCAGUAAACAUAAAUUGAUUCUGGCUCUGGAUGAUAGAGGAAAAAUAUCUUGUCACAAAGUGAAUCUCUGCUUUAUAUAUUUUGAUUCGGGCCCAUGCAUUGCACACAUACAACAGUUUAUUGAUAGUGAAGAGGGCAAAACAAUAAUGCAGGGCUGGGAACAAAGACUUGAUGUACCAACUAAUGAUAUUGUUAUACAAGGCACACAAUCAACCAGGUUGUCAAGGAAACAGGAACGAGGCGCUCUUCUAUUCCUACGGUAUGCGGGACGUUGGGGAACACUGGUUGUUAAAAAUAAACUUAACUUAAGUACGCUCGUUGCGGGACGUCAUGGCGAGAAAUAUGUUUGUCCCUGUCAGUAUAUAGAAGAGCACCUAAAGGUAAAACCUCCUGCAGGCAUUGCAAAAUAUUUUACUCUUCCUCACCAGAAUGUUCAAAUUUAUUAAUCAAAAUCAUUAAUAUAAAAUAUUCAAUUUAACAGCAUUAUUCAAAUGGUAUAUAUAAUACUAAACUUUCCGUCCAUAAUAUUUAAUAUAUUAUACAUAAUCAUUAUUAGCCUAGCCAUAAUGGAAAACGUACUUAGUUUCAUGAUAUUUUAGUUGAUAAGAUUUAUGUAUGAGUAUGAGCAUUGUGUAGUAGUAUAAGAGAGUAAUAAGCCAGUUCUCGUCGCGCUGUAUUAAACAAUACAUUUCUAUGUCUCUGAAAAUAAAAAAUUGAUUGGCCUUGUGUUACCAAGUAUAAUUCUCUUCUCUAAUUGGUAAACAGUAUUUUAUUCAUUAAGUGGACAUUAGCGACGAGGGCUUGCUUACCUAAACAAGAUAAUCAUACAUAUCUCCUGGCCCAACCGUUUAGGUAUAAUAUUAUUAUUCAAUCAUCGAUUAAGUCCAUCAGCAUGUAAUCUCGAAUUAAGAACCUCAAUUAUACCUGGUUUAUGUAUGAUAUUAUAACUUAGUUUAAUUUUUUAUCGAAUUUUAUGUCAAGUGGCCAUACAUUUAAGCCUUUGCUGUUGUACAGAAAUAAGUAAUUAUAUUGGAAUAUAUUUUAGUCUCAUAAAACUGAUAAAAUCGAGUUUAUUGUCGAUUUUUUUUCUUAUUGUUAUUUAUUAGUUUUUAUUUCUAGUUUUUGAUAAAAUCAACAGAUAUUAUAUGCAACUGGUGCAAAUUUGCAAAAGCUUGAUUAUGAACAUUUUUUAAUAAAAGUGAAAACUGAUUGGUCUCGAAUGUGCAUAUAUAUAAACUAGUACACCUAAUGAAAUCGGAAUAUAAAAAAAGAUGCAAAAUCACAAUUGCACGGACUAGUCAUCUACAGUAGCUAAACUGCACAACAGUGCUAAAAUGAUUCAUAAUAUAAAACCAAAGCUCAAAGUGUGAAAUUGUUUCAGAAUUAUUUUAUAAAUAAAAAAAAUGAUUUAUUUUUAUUAUGUCCCUUUUAAAUCGUUUAAAAAGAUAAGUUUACUUUGUGAUUAGGGAGAAACAAAUGUAAUUAAUAAUAAUGUUACCUAAAGCAUUAUAUUUCAUAUAUUUUAAACAUAAUAUGUCUUAGUAAUUGUCACAUACAUUCCGUUCAAAUGUAUUUGUAAAGAUAAGUACACAAGUAUUAUAAACAUGAAGUGUCGCCACCUUAUCUGUAACCACUGUUCAAGCGGGGAUUGUUAGGUAAUUAAGAGCCUGUCUGUUUUAACCGAAUUUGAUUGGUGUGAUUAUUUUUAGUUGUAGGAUGAAGAUCUUCAACUUGUGUAAUUUCUAAAAGUCCAUAUUGUCGCCAAAGUUUAUAGUUUGUACCUACUAAGGCAGUUAAUAGAGUAAUAUUUUUUUAUUAUUUAACUUUGGUGGAACAUGGCAUCGACGAAUAUUAACAAUUUUAAUGAAUAUUUCUAAAUAAAAUUUAUAAUUGAUAGAAAAUUUACGUAAAUGUCGAUGGAAAAACUAUAAAACAAAAUAUUACUGGGUAAAUUGUUAAAAUUUGUUUUUAUUAAAGUAAAUAUACUUGAUUAGAUUUAAGUACAAUGAACAUUGUAUAUAGUUCAUAAUGUGUUAAAGAAACUAUUUUAUGGGAGAGGUGGUGGUACUGUAAAUAUAAAAGGCUGACAGCUAAAUAAAACGUAACUUACGUUACUUCUUUACAAUGAAUAAUCUUCAAAUAAUACAGGCACUCUUUAUCGAGACUGAUUAUGAAAUGUUUAAAUUAUCAAUUUACUUGGGACAUGUAACAUAUCUUACUGAAAAACGUACUAGGUACUUUUAACAUGUGCAUCUUUGCUUACCCUUCCGAAUAGUAAAUGUGAUGUAAACGAAAUCUGUAGUCGUAUUUGAAAAUAAUGAUUAGAUAUUAGAAAAACAUUGACGAUUUUUUGCAUUAAAAUUACUUUAUAUAUUCUCACUCUACUUUUCUAUUUGUCAUCGUAGCAACUAUAUUAUAAGUACCUACCUACUGUUACCUCAACAAUUAUGGAUAGUCUACCGAAUCUGUUGUUUUCGCUAAUUGUCUAAUUUCUGUUUUCGCUGGUAGCAGCAGCUAACGUAUUAGACGUAAUAUUACAAAUAUGACUACAUAUUUCAGCGGAUAUAGUAAACUCAAAAAAUAAAUAAAUACUUACACAAAGAGAAUGCAGCUAUAUGUAUUCUUCUGUCCUUCUUACUUAGAUGAAGACGAUGCACCCACGUGCGUCCCUCUUGUUUGCCCGCGGUAAAUAGUAUACAGUGUAAUUAUAUUACUUACUUUUUACUAAAUACAAAUAAGUAUUCAUAACGUUGUGAUUAAUAUAACAUAUUCCGUCCUAAAUAUAAUUGUAAGUAUUAGGUAUUAGUCUUAUAAAUCAGUAUACCUUUACUUACAUUAUUAUUAUUUUUAUGUAAUUAUGUUGAAUAAUAUAUACAU